CCAUCAAACCAAAAAGAACAAUAUUCUUCUCUUCUCUUCCUUUUUCAACCCUCCAAACCUCCUUCUCGACCUUUCGUCAAAAUGCGUUUUUCUACCGUUAUCCCCAGCGCCCUUGUCGGCCUUGCAAGCCUCUCGGCUGCCGCACCUACCAAGAACAUUCCCAGCGAAGGUGCCGUUGCAGACGUUGCAGACGCGGCCGACGCAGCGAACGUUGACAACAUCACCAAGCGUGCUGAGGACGCCGCCAACGACGAGCAGAAGAACCAAAAUGACGACUACUUCGUCAACCCCGCUUCUCCCGCCGGCCAGCGCCAGCCCGGCUUCGGCCAGUCCGGCUACAACGCUGGUGCUGGCGCUGGUGCUCCUGGCUUCCACCAGCCUGGAUACGCUCCUCGUCCCGGCUACGCCCCGCGCCCCGCCCCGUACGGCGGAUUCGCCAAGCGUGACGAGAACAGCGGCGAGUACUUCGGCUACGGCCGUCCUGGAUACGCCCCGGGUACCGCCCCCUACCCUGAAUACGCUCCUGGCACCGCCCCGUACCCCGAGGUCACCAAGCGCGACGAGAACGCCGGCGAAUACUUUGUCCCCGGCCCUGCCGCUCCUGCCACUGGCUACAACGGUCCCGGAUACGGCCGCCAGGGCUUUGCUCCUGGCUCUGCCCCCUACCCUGAGUACGCCGGCGCUGGCCGCUACCCCGGCUUCGCCAAGCGCUCCAAUGACGCCCUCACCAACGAGGACCACGACGGAAACUGGAUCAUCCGCCCGUACCUCGAGCCCGAGCACGACCCUCUCUACGUGACCGUUAACCACGUUGGCAAGCGUGACGAGAACGCCAACAACUACUUCGUCCCCGGCCCCGCCGCCCCCGCCACUGGCUACAACGGCCAGGGCUACGGCCGUCCCGGCUUCGCUCCUGGAACCACUCCUUACACUGAGUACCCCGGCGCUGGUGCUGGCCGCUACCCCGGCGUUGCCAAGCGUGAUGAGAGUGCCGGCGAAUACUUCGCUCCUGGUCCUGCCGGUCCUACUGCUGGUUACAACGGCCAGGGCUAUGGCCGCCCCAACUACGCCCCCGGCACCGCUCCCUACGCCGAGUAUGCCCCCGGUACCGCCCCUUACCCCGAGGUCACCAAGCGUGAUGAGAAUGCCAACGACGCCAACGACUUCUUCGUCCCUGGUCCCGCUGCUCCCGCCAAUGGUUACAACGGCCCCAACUCCGGCUAUGGCGCUCCUGGCUUCGGCGGUCCCGACUACGGCAACGCUGGUCUCCCCGGCGCUGCUGGUUCCCGCUGGUACGCUUAAGCUGUUGACUGUUGGUUGGCGGUUGAUUCGAUACGACGCAGCUCCUUUUCUUUUCCUUUCUUUCCCUUCCUUGGAGCGUGGUCGGUGAUCUUGUCAGAUAUGGAGCGGUCUCUUCCGAGUUAUAUAUUUCGGGUAUCCAUAUUAGGAUGUAAUGGACAUAAUUCGUUAAUGAUGCGGAGGAUGAAUUGACGACUGUCUUUGUUUGUUAGCUUUAGCGGGUUUGUUUUUUUUUUUUUUCUUUUCUUUUCUUUUCUUGUUUU